UGUCUAUAGCCCAAUCUAGCUCUUCGAGAGAGCUCUUAGAUAAGAGAGCGUUAGAUACUCUUAAAGAUAGCGGAGUCGGGAUAUGGGGAGAAGGCAGGAACGGGGAACUGAUUGGGGAUGAUCAGCCGUGAUCACAUUGAAUGGCGAAUGGUGCUGGCUGGAAGGGGCCGAAUGGCCUCUACUCCUGUACCUGUUUUGUCUAUGUUUCUAUGUUGCUAUUGUCUAUGGGAGACAAAAAUGCUGGAGAAACUCAGCGGGUGAGGCAGCAUCUAUGGAGCAAAGGAAAUGGGCCACAUUUUGGGCCUUGUCUGUGUAUUAUCCAACACUUUUUCUGCCUCCAGGAGUCAGGUUUGAAGGUCAACCACCCAGCAUCUUUUGCUGUGUGCCUAAACGGUGCCAAGGGAUUGAUUGACGCAAAGGUUCACAGCCCGUCUGGAGCUCUCGAAGAGUGCUGUGUCACAGAAAUCGACCAAGACAAGUACGCUGUGCGUUUUAUCCCGCGGGAGAACGGAGUCUACCUGAUCGACGUGAAAUUCAACGGUUCCCACAUUCCCGGAAGCCCCUUCAAGAUCCGGGUGGGAGAGCCGGGACAAACCGGAGAUCCCGGAAUGGUGUCAGCGUCCGGACCCGGUCUGGAGGGUGGGGUCACAGGGGUGCAGACGGAUUUUGUGCUCAACACAUCGAAGGCCGGCCCAGGGGCACUGUCGGUGAGCAUUGAUGGGCCUUCGAAGGUGAAGAUGGACUGCCUGGAGUGUGCCGAGGGCUAUUUGGUCUCCUACACGCCUCUGGCCCCCGGGUAUUAUCUCAUAUGCCCAUCAACAUUGGCACCGUCCGUUCUCCUCAUAAGUGGGAUGGAAUGCAACAGUACUCCAGGUAACCACGUGCGUGGUGUGUCCUGGUCCGCCACCUCUGAAUUAAAACAUCAACUCUACAGUGUUGUCUACCUGCUGAAGGAGAAAGGCAGCUACACCCUGGUGGUCAAAUGGGGAGACGAGCACAUCCCCGGAAGCCCCUUCCAUAUCUCCGUGCCGUGAAUGCCCUCCCCUCUCCUUUCCCACGCUCUCCCCCCCCGAACAUCAAGCCCACCGUCCACCAACACACACCCCGC